AUGCAGGACUUUGCCUUGAAAUACUUCCGGAGGCCCCAGACCCUGCUGGCCCAGGCAGGUGGAGACGCCCAGAAAGCCAUGGCCAGCCUGGUGCAGUACUCCAAGGCCCCCAUCCGGGAGUCGCUCAUCAGCCUCAGUGACGAGGACUUGAACAGGCGGGCUGUGGACAGCUUCCAGGUCCUGAUGCAGUUUAUGGGGGACCAGCCGAAGCCCCGGGGCAAGGACGAGAUCGAGCUGCUCUAUGAGCUGCUGAAGCUGUGCCGGGAGAAGGAGAACCUCAGGGAUGAGAUUUACUGCCAGGCCGUCAAGCAGGUCACGGGACACCCCCGGCCGGAGUUCUGUGCUCGAGGCUGGAGCCUCCUCAGCCUCCUCACCGGCCUCCUCCCCCCGUCCACCACGCUGAUGCCCUACGUGACCCGGUUUCUGCAGGACGCGGGCAGGAGCCAAGAGCUGGCCCGCACCUGCCAGGAGCACCUCCAGCGCACCGUCAAAUUCGGGGGGCGCCGGCGGCUGCUGCCCCCCGGGGAAAUGAAGGCGUUCCUGCAAGGGAAAAUGGCCCGCCAGCUCCUGAUCUACCUGCCCGGAGGCGUGGGCUACAAGACCAACAUCGGCACCUUCACCGUGGCAGCAGAGGUGCUGGAGGAGCUGUGUGGGAAGAUGGGCAUCACAGAACCCGAGGAGGUCCAGGAAUUCGCCCUGUUUCUCAUCAAAGGGGAAGGGGAGCUGGUGCGGCCCCUGCGGCCCCGGGAGUACCUCAACGACGCACUGGCCGCCCCGGAGAGCAGCCUGCACAGCCGGCGGCUCGGCUGGGAGACGCGCCUGCACUUCGAUAACCCCACCUACAUCGGCGCCCACUACAGCCAGGUGCAGCGAGACUACCUGCAGGGGAAGCUGUUGGUCAGCGCCCAGGCAGACGCCCAGGUUGCCAGGCUGGCUGCCCUACAGCACGUCAGCAGGCCCCACGGGGCGCCCCCCUCAGAGCAAGACCUGCUGGCGUACCUGCCGAGGCCGCUGCAGGGCCAGGUGAACAUGGCCACCCUCCGGGGCCUGGUGGACCAGGAGCUGAGGCAGCUGCAGGGACGCAGCGCCCAGGAAGCUCAGAUCGGCUUCAUCGAGGCGGCCAGCCAGCUGCCCCUCUUCGGUUACACCGUCUACGUGGUGCUGCGAGCGAGCGACCCGACGCUGCCCAGACCCAGCCUCCUGGGGCUGAACCGCCAGCACCUCCUCCUCAUGGACCCCAGCUCCCAGACGCCGUGCCGCUCCAUCGCCCUGCGGGACCUGCAGCGGCUGCACCUGCUGAGCCCCCUGGAGGAGGACAGGCCCCCGGGCCUGGAACUCAACUACGGCUCCGUGGACAACCCCCAGACCAUCUGGUUCGAGCUGCCGCAGGCCCAGGAGCUGCAGUACACCAUCGCCUUCCUGCUCAGCAGCAGCGACAGCUCCGCCUAG